CAUCCUCCUCUAUUUUUUAAAAAAUUUGAGAUCUAAUAAACACAUUAAUAAAUACCCUCUCUAUUUUUGAAAAAAUUUUUAGGCUAAUAAACAUAUAGUGAUAAAUAUUCCCUUUAAAUUUUGCCUGAAAUUUUCAAAAUUUCUUAUGUUUUUUUAUUUAGUUUGUUUAACUUAAAACCCCCUCCCCCUUAAUUUUUUCAAAAGGCCUGAACGUUAAACAAACAAUUAAAUUGGAACAGCCUAAUUAAAAGAAAAAACUACUUAAUUACAAAACUUUUUGUAAUUUCUUUUUCAAAAAAGCAUCUCUUGUCAAUUUUAUUGUUCUUAAAACACAAACCUUUUGUAAUUUCUUCUUAAAAUAUGAUCUCGCAAAUAAUACAAGUAUUAUAUUUAAUUUUCGUCCUCCUUGACCUGUUGCCACCUUAUACCUCAGGGAAAAUUCCAGAUAUAGCAAAUAUUCGUAGCAGUUUGAACGAUCAAAUUUCAAAUAAAGCAAAUAAUAGUAGCAGUUUGAUAUGGCGAGCUGUGCUUGACAAAAGGGUGACGCAUCAAAUUCCAAAUAAAGCAAAUGAUUAUACAAUAAGUUUGAACGAUUAAAUCAAAAUUUACGGCGUAGCGAUAAAGUCGUUAUACCGCAAACGAUUUAACUUAGAAUUAUAUUAAUAGACAAUAUCAUAUUCUUACACCACCUUACAUUCAUUAAUUUAUCGUCGAUAUACUCGAUUAAAUACAUAUUUAAUUUUUCGAAGUAAAAUACAGCAUUUUUUUUUAUAUAACUUAUGACUUCGU